AUGAAUUAUUUCGUCGUCAUCGCUGCCCUUGCUGCUACCUGCCUCGCGCAGAGCAUCGACAUCGGCGCCCCCGCCGCCAACUCGACUGUCAGCCCGGGCCAGUCGAUCACGGUCGAGGUCGACAAACCAGACUCCUUGACUGGAUCGACUGAGGUUGCACUUGUGCUCUCGAUGGCAUCCUGCCCGGCCGACGGGUGCACCGACCCUAGCUAUGACCCGUCUGGCGAUCUCGGCCAAAUCCUCUACAACGGGCCCUACAACCCCCAGUUCCACCCUGAGACUGAUCCUGGAAAGCCACCUUACCAGAACUUCUCAGUGGAGGUUCCGACGACGUUCACCAGUGGCGAAAAUAUUGCCCUCAUUGCUACGCAUCUCGACUUGGUCGGGGUUGGGCUUAGCCCCCUUCUCGAGGUCAUCUUCGUUCCUUUGACCAUAGUCUGAUAGGUAGAUGUCGGGAUCCACCUCGGCGACUUGUUAUGAACUAUUAGUCAUGGACUUCUCGUAUUUACAAUAUGCGC